AUGCACGGCAUUAAACAGGUCAAAUACUCGCGCGAAGCUCUCGCUGCGAAGAAAGAGCGGGAGCGCGCGAAACUCACGGAGUACCAGAGCUUAACCGCGGAGGUCCUCGCCAGAAGGAAAGAGAGGAGUUGGACCGCUGAAUCCUUCGAUCUCACCACCAAGUUGCUCAAUGUCAAUCCCGAGUUCUACACCGUCUGGAAUUACCGCAGGAACAUCCUCCUCAACGGUUUAUUCCCCGAGCGCACGCCUACGCAGAUCAACGACCUGCUGUCCGACGACCUAUCAUUGACCACAGCCUUCCUCAAGCAGCACCCAAAGGUAUAUUGGAUAUGGAAUCACCGCCAAUGGUGUCUGCAACAAGUCCCCGACGGCCCGUCAGAGACAGACGCUAAUGGCUGGCGGCAAUCCUACUGGAACAAGGAGCUGUUCGUCGUCGAGAAGAUGCUGGACGCCGACCCCCGUAAUUUCCACGCUUGGACCUACCGCCGCUACGUACUUGCGCAGAUGCCUGUCAAGCGGACAGAGCAGUCAGAACUAGCGUACACGAAGCGCAAGAUCGAAGCCAAUUUCUCCAACUUCAGCGCAUGGCACCAACGUUCCAAAGUUCUCACAUCCUUGUGGGCAUCGGGCAAGUUGGACAAGGCCAAGUCAUCUCAGGAGGAGUUUGACUUGGUGCAGAACGCUAUGUACACCGACCCCAACGAUCAGAGUGUCUGGAUAUAUCACCGGUGGCUUAUCGGACCAGGAGACGACCGGAAUAUCCUCGAAAGGGAGAUCGCCUCCAUUCAAGAGCUCCUAGACGAGCAACCGGAUAGCAAGUGGUGCAUGGAAUCGCUCGUCUUCUAUAAGAGACUUCUUCUGAAGAGAUACGGAGAUGUGAUGACCAACGAGGGGAAGCGCGACCUGGGAAGCGAGUGCCUGGACCUCCUGAACAAGCUCCAGGACAUCGACCCUGACCGAAGCCAACGGUAUGCUGAUCUCGGUGCGUCUAGUCAUGUCCCUCACGACAGCAGACUUACAUAA